AUGGAGAAGCGCGUCCUCGGAAAUGAGAUUUUGAGCUGCGUAUUAUUUUCUUUCGUUUUCCGCGAGCUGGGUUUAUUUUCUUUUCCGCGAGCUGGGUCUUUGUCUUCCUCAAGCUGGGUCGUUGUCUUCCUCAAGCUGGGUCUUCGUCUUCCUCGAGCCGGGUCUGCGUCUUCCUCGAGCUGUGGGUCUUGCUCUUGGUUGUUGCAGUCGGUUGAGCUGGGUUGCAUUCUGGUUGCCGAGCCGAGCGUGCUCCCUCUCAGCAUGGGAGAAGGGAAAGAACAACCAUCUACAAUAACACCAUGUAGCUCAAAUAGAUAUUCAGAGGACAUACCAUCAACUUGUCCAAGCAUCCCAAAUUACAUGCAUGGUCUUUCUAGUCAAGUGUCUGCGUGGUCACCGGGAUUUGAUCCCAUCCAUGCUACUUACCCAUUUCCCCAUAACAUGGCUCCAACUCCUCUUGAGAAUACCACCAGCUCCACUGCAGGGGAACUAGUUGGGUCAGAUUCUAACAGUGCCGGUGGUGGGGAAACUGAUGGACUAUGUGGACGUAAUGAGGAUAUACCUAAUGCAGAAGGAAACAAGGAUUGCAAUGCUGGGACAUCUCAUAAUGUUGAAAAUGAUGGUGAUGAUAUGAUUGAGGAGCCAAAUAAGGGGAUGGAGUUUAAUACGCAUGAAGAUUUAGUGAAUUAUUAUAAAUCUUAUGCUAAGAAGUGCGGGUUUGGUGUGAUGACAAAAAGGACCGAGAGGGAUGAAGACGGCACAGUUAGGUAUGUCACCCUUGCUUGUGCUCGUGGUGGUAAGGCCCGUAAUAGAACUGUCAAUGUCGCCAACCCACGUCCGACAGGAAAGACCGAAUGUAAGGCAAAAAUUAAUGCCCUGAAAUGUGAUGGAAAACUUCGGUUGACUACGGUUCAUAAUAUCCAUAACCACGGUCUUAGUCCCAAAAAAUCAAGGUUUUUUCGAUGUAAUAGAGAAGUAAGUGAUGCCGUAAAAAGAGUUCUAGAUACAAAUGAUAUGGCUGGUGUCCGAAUGAACAAAAGCUUUAACUCUUUAGUGGUUGGCGCGGGCGGGUUUGAGAACCUUCCAUUUUUGGAGAAGGAUUGUCGUAAUUAUAUCGACAAGGCAAGACAUCUAAGACUUGGCGCAGGUGGUGCUGGUGCACUUCAAGAGUAUUUUUGUAGGAUGCAAUACAAAAAUCCUGAUUUUUUUGCAUUGAUGGAUUUAGAUGAUGACGGGAGGUUAAAGAAUAUCUUUUGGGCAGAUCCUCGAAGUAGAGCAGCCUACCAAUAUUUCGGUGAUGUGGUGACAUUCGAUACCACAUAUCUGACGAAUAGAUAUGGGAUGCCGUUUGCACCAUUUGUUGGUGUGAACCACCAUGGGCAAUCAAUUCUGUUGGGAGCCGGUUUGAUUUCUAGUGAGGAUACAGAGACCUUUGUGUGGUUAUUCCAAACUUGGCUGCAGUGUAUGGAUGGUAUAGCUCCCAAAGCUAUAAUCACUGACCAAGAUCGGGCGAUGAAAAAUGCAAUAGCAAUUGUUUUCCCAAAUACCCGACAUAGAUUUUGUUUGUGGCAUAUACUGAAGAAAGUCCCCGAGAAGCUUAGCUCCUAUGCUUCUUACAAAAUUGGGAUGAAAAAUUCAUUGAUGAAAUGUGUGUAUGAGAGCCAAAGUGUUGAGGAGUUUGAGACGGCUUGGGCUCAGUUAAUUACCAUGUACAAUUUGCAUGAGAAUGCGUGGUUGCAAAGUCUAUACGUAGAGCGUGAGCAUUGGGUACCAGCAUUCUUAAAAGACUGCUUUUGGGCCGGAAUGAGUACAACGCAGCGGAGCGAGAGCAUGAAUGCCUUUUUUGAUGGGUAUGUUCAUGCUAAGACGAACUUGAAGGAGUUUGUCGAUCAGUUUGAUAACGCAUUAAAAAAAAAAAUUGAGAAUGAAAAUGCUGCGGACUUCCACUCAUUUAGUGUCACAAUCCCCUGCAUAUCUAAAUCUCCAAUUGACAAAAAUGUUUCAAGAUUUGUACACUAA